AAACGCGGGAAACAUAAGGUGGCAACCAGGUAUCAAGGUGGCUGACAGACAUUAGAGGAGAGGGAUGCAUGAAUGGCAAAGCGGGUCAGAUUAUCGAAGGAAGCAAGGUUUGACAAGCCAAUCCACAGACCAUUUGAGGACGAAGAUGAUUUUCAACCCGCUUUUAAAAGGCGUGGAGUGCUGGCAGACUCCCAAGCGAAGCUCAAAACACGAGGUUGUCGAGAGCUUCGGAAAAAGAAUGAUGACCAUGACCACCAUCAUAGAACAAGUGUUGAAUUUUGUCCAGUCUGCCAGUUUCCGUUCAGACAUCUUAUAAGUCAGAGUAAAGAGUGGCAUAUCACAGAAUGCUUAGCAAACCAACGGAAUCCGCAAAAACUUCGUAGUGAAUGCUUUAUGGGAACCCAAUGCACCUUUAAAAGCCUGGAUCACUUUAGAAUGUAUACCCAUAAUGAGCAAGCAAGACAGAGAAGCAACAUAGCAGAUUUUAAAGAAUGCACUAUUGCUACCAAAAUAUCUGAAGAUAUAGCAAAAGCUGCUGCAGAUUCAACACAAGUUGCUACUGGGUCUUCAAGUCUUCAUUCUCCGAAUAGAACAUUCUCUCACAAGAAUAACCAAUGUAAAAGCAAUACAGAAGACUAUAUCUUUGAUGAUGCUGAUGGAGACACAUUUUCAGCUGUUGUUAAUGCAGAUGAAUCUGCUGUCACUGGUACAUGUCACUCAAAAAUUGACAACAAAUUUAACAGUUCCACUAAUCAUAUCAUGGGCAACCUGAAUCCAGGAACCCAGACUUCAUCUGUAAACAACCUGGAGAAAAAGAGUAUGAAAAAUAAGUUUCAGACAGAUUUAAACUCAUACUUUGGUGUAAAAAACAAGCUUCAAACAAAUGCUGUCAGUAGUCUUUCAACUACCACCAAAGACUAUGGUGAACAGAGUUUUAAACAGAAAAGAAGCUGUCCUUUCUACAAAAAGAUUCCAGGUACAUCGAUAACUGUAGAUGCAUUUAAUUAUGGAAGUAUUCCUGGUUGUACAGCCUACUUUCUAAGUCACUUUCACUUUGACCAUUAUUUGGGCCUGAAAAAGACUUUCAGAAACAAUUUGUAUUGCUCCAAGAUCACUGCUUCCUUAGUAUGCACACAGUUGAAGGUUGAUCCACAACACGUCCACACUUUGCCAGUUAAUGAAGAGAUAGAAAUUGAGGGUGUUAAAGUUACUCUUUUGGAUGCUAAUCAUUGUCCUGGAUCCGUCAUGAUUCUUUUUGUACUUUCUAAUGGCCAAAGAAUUCUGCACACAGGCGAUUUUCGCGCAGUUCCAUCAAUGUGGGAGCAUCCAGCUUUGAAGAGCAAAAACACUGAUGUUCUCUACUUAGACACAACAUACUGCAGCCCCGAAUACAAUUUUCCGACACAGCAAAGGGUAAUUGAUUUCACAGUUAGUAGAUCAUUGGAAGCCCUUCGUGCAAACAAGAGAACUUUGAUAGUAUGUGGUACUUAUACUAUUGGCAAAGAAAGGAUUUUUCUUGCCAUCGCCAAUGCACUUGACUGCAUGAUCGGUGUGAAAGGAAGUAAAAAGAAAAUACUAGCCUCGUAUAAAUGGCCUGAGCUUGAGAAGCGCUUGUCUCAGCAGUGGAGUCAAUCACAAAUUCAUCUUUUGCCAAUGAACUGUCUAAACGCUAAGGGGCUGAAAGCACAUUUAAAAUCAAAUCCACAUUUCAAUAGAAUAAUCGCGUUCAAGCCAACAGGCUGGACUCACAAUUCGGGAAUAAUAGAUCUUCGGAACAUAAGGCCAACUGUAUCUGGAUCAGUAACAAUUUAUGGAGUUCCCUACAGCGAGCAUAGCAGCUUCUCGGAGCUGGAGUCAUUCGUGAAGAGUUUGAAGCCCUCCAGAAUCAUACCUACGGUAAACAAUGGCUCUCCAGAGCGGAGGAAAAUGAUGCAAAGUAUAUUUACAAAUUGGCUGGCAAACACAACCUGAAAGGAAGAUGAUGUCACCGUAAACAAGCUCUACCUUCGGCAAGGCGAAAGAUGAAAACAAAUCCCUUUAUUCAGAAUGAUAGAGCGGCCGUUGUAGCACAUGAUCUAGUUCCAUAAGGUGAAGCGAUGCAUUUGGUUUAUACUAUUACCCUUGAGUUUUUAAGAUAACGACUUAACGAUCAGAUAAAACGAUUCAUACAGUGAAGUGUUAACAAGAAGUGUUAAGAUAGCUUUCUUAAAAAGUAUUGUCAGAUAACCGACACAAGCGCCAUCUAUGAAUACUUUAAAGAUAUCAAAUAUAUUUAAAAACUUAUUAAUUUGUUGUUGCUUUCUUCUGCGUUUGCAACGUUGGGUUCGAUGAUAAAAGCAGUUUUCAUUUAAACAUCUUCUAAAUGAGCCAGAUAAAGAGAGCUCCGACAAGCUCUCAUCUUUAACUGAUGACAUCAAGCAUUGCUAUUUCCUCAGUUGUGCACCUAGAAGUGUUAUACUUGAUUUUAGUCUUAAUUAGUUAGCGAGACACAUUGGUAAGAAGAAUGAUAAACAAUGUAGCUACUACGUUUGCAAAUGAAAUCAACGCCUGUGAUCAAAUGUUUGAUGUCAAUCAUCUAACAAAACAAUCUUCAUAUCAAUUUUCGUAGAACAGGAGAGCUCUUA